AUGUCAGCGCUGGUGCGCGUAUUCAACGGGUACGGCGAGCGCAGCAGCACCAACCUCACGUACUGGGGGCUGGCGGGGUGUGCGGACAACCGCAGCAUGGAGCUGUACAAUGCGGCCACCCUGGGCAUGGCUGACCUCACCACCGGCACGCUCAUCAUGCUCGUGGAGGACGCUGACAGACCUACAGUGGAGCGCAUCACAGGGCGGCCCAUCUUGACCCUCCUUGGCCUCCCGGCCCCCCGCAAGCCACUCUACAUAGUGAACGUGCUGGGCAGCAUCGAGGCGUCGGACCCCAUCCCGCCCCUCACGGACUUCUCUGCCAGCGUGCCCCCAGCCACCCUCGCCUCCGUGCUCCAGGGCGUUCCUGCCGCCUCUGCGCCUAUUUUCUUCGGCAAACAUCUUGUGGGCAUUGUGAUGUUGAUACCCAUCCAGCGCCAUUCCAUUCCACCGGGCGCGACAGCAGAGCAGCAGAGGGAGAGCGUGAGCACCAUGUGGGCGGGGUUCAAUUUUCUGCAGGAGGAAAUGACAAGCGUCCUCGCGCUGCUUCAUAACGGAACCAGCCCUCGCUACUCGCUGGCCUUGUACGACACCACCAACCCAGGGCAGCCCAUUCAGGUGCUGGGCCCAGAGCCCCUGCGAGUGGAGAGUGGGUCCCUGUACCCCUACGUGCUGCCCGGGCCCGUAGUGCCGUACCCCAAGCACGUUGAGCUGUUUCCCGAGGACCUGCUGGGUCGCACGUACGAGGCGCACUGCAGGUAUGAGGGCGAGUACCCCAAGUGGGAACUCGUGUAUGCCCCCAUGUUGCUGGGUCUGCUUGUGCUGCUGGUGGCGGUGCUGGUGUCUACUGUGAUUGCGGUGCUAGCGUGGAAGCAAGGGGAGAUGCAGGAGGGCGUGAGGGAGAUGCAGCUGUGCACGCUGGCGCUGGAGAGAGCUGAGCGCUCCAAGAGUGAGACCGUCGCCAACACCUCGCAUGAGCUGCGCACGCCACUCAUUGGCAUGAUAGGCAUGAUAGAGGAGCUGCUGGAGUCGCGGUUGGAAGAGUGGCAGAUGGCGGACUUGAGGGAUGCGAGGGUGUGUGCGGGCGAGACGGUGGAGCUAAUCAACCGAGUGUUGGACCUCGCCAAGCUGCAGGCCGGCAGGCUGCGGCUCGAGACCCUCCCGUGCUGCCUGCGCCGCAUCGUGCGUGACGCGACGGCACUCGCUGCCUCGGAUGCGCACACUAAGGAGUCGCACGUGAUGUGCCACGUGGACGAGGGUGUGCCAGCUGUCCUCAUGGGCGAUCCGACUCGCCUCUUGCAAGUGAUUGGGGAGCUCAUGGCGCACGCCAUGGGCAACACCACAGGGGGCCACGUGACCUUGCAUGUCGCCUGCAUCCCUCCCCCGCCUCCCCUCCCCGCUUCCAUCAACUGCUUCGACCUGCACGGCCCAUCCAAUAGUGCUGCCCCCGUGCAUGCGCUGCCAGCCUCGCACGCCUCUCCGCCUCCCUCAGCACCAGGAGGGGGCUCCUCAGCACCAGGAGGGGGCUCCUCAGCCGCAUGGCACCAGCUGGCUGCCUGUGUGCGCCGCUUCCCUCCGCCCACCGCUCUCGCAUGCCUCCCUCGGAUCCAGGCAGGAAGGCCGGGCGGCGGGGCCAACAGCAGAGGGGGUGAGGAGCAUCGGUGGAUGGGGUUGGUUGAGCGUUGCUGCGGGCGUGUGGCAGCGGUGACAGGCAUGGGCGCGGGGAGCACGGGGGAUUACGAAGGAUCAGGUGGGAAGGGAGGAGUGGAGGUACAGGGUGGGGAUGGGCGGUUGGGGGAGGAGGUGAGGGAGUGGGUGGAGGAGGCGUGCAGGGCGAGGGAGGAGGGCGAGUGGAUGGUGGUGGUGGCAUGUGAGGACACAGGUGGUGGUAUACCACCCGAGGAGAUGCGAUGGGUGCUGGAUCCACACGGGGACUCUCACCAUGCCACACACACCUCUCAUGCACUGUCUGCAGAUGCUGCAGCUGAUGGUGAUGGUGAUGGUGACGAUCAGAAUGGUCAAGGUGUCAAGGGCUCUCUUUUUCCCUUCUCUCUCAUGCGCCGCUCCAGCAGGGCAGCAUUUAUAGCUGGUCUCUCGCACGAGCAAAAGGCAGCUGCUCGCCCCCGCUGGACGCCCUACCCCGUUCGCUUCCUGCUCUCCACCGCCCUUGUGGCUGAGAUGCGGGGAGACAUGGCAGUGCUGUCACACGCCGCCACUGGCACCACCAUUCUGCUGGCGCUGCCCUUGGGGGGAGGGGAAGACGCUGACAGCUGCGGGGACGGGGAGUGGGAUGAGGAGGAGGGUGGUGGGGAAAGGGAUGGGUGCGGGUCAGGAAGUGAAGGGGAGUGUGUGGAAUAUGAGAGUGGCACAAAGCCAGGCAUGCUGCAGCAGGCAUCUGUGCAGCAGCAGGAACCUAAUCAGCAGCAGCAGCAGCAGCGGGCAUCACGAACUCACUCUCACCUCAAGCCGCAGGCCAGCGUAUCCAAUGCCUUAGAGAAUGCAGGAGAGGCCAAGGGGGAGUUGCGAGCGGUGGCAGCAGCGAAAGAGGAGGAGCCGAUACCAGCGGUGGUGAAGGGGGGGCGGCCAACAGCACGGUCGCAUUCGCUCCCCAAGCCUCAUCUCCACACGGAGGGCCUGGGAGACGCGGAGGCGCCGGCCCCAGCGGUGGCGUCGGAUCGGCGGACAAGACAGGUGCACUCUCUCCCCAGAAUGCAUGGUGCGCACGUGGAGGGAUCGGAUGAGUCGGAGGAGGCGGAGGUGCUGGUGCGAGCAGUGGUGGCGGGGCGGUCGGUGGCGGUGGUGGAUGACAACGCGGUGAACCGCAUGGUGGCGCGCAGAACGCUGCAGGGCUACGGGGCGCACGUGCUGCUGCUCCCCUCCGGGGAGGAUGCGCUGCAAGCGCUCUCCUCUGCUUUCUCCUCUCCCACGCCCUCCUCCCCGCCCAUCCACCUGUUGCUCCUGGACCUGCACAUGCCGCCCGGCAUCGACGGUUUCGGGACGGCUUCUCGGAUUCGAGCCAUGGAGAGGGCACAGCGCAGCAGCAGCAGCAGCCAGACAACACACGUGAUGCCAGAGGGAGACAAUACCCCUAGUGAUGCAGCAGCAGCAGCAGCAGCAGCAGCAGGAACAGGAACAGAAGCAGCAGCAGCAGCAAGUGCAGUUGAUGCAAAGACGCAGCACGAGCCCCUGUGUAUCAUAGCGCUGACAGCUGACUUGGAUGCAGGAGUGAAGCGAGCGUGCUUGGAGGCCGGCAUGGAUGGAGCAGUGAGGAAACCGAUCGUGGCACAGGAACUGCUGGCAGCACUCAUAGCUGCAGGGUUUGGAGCAGCUGCUUUUUGA